ACCAGCAGCAGCAGCGCAGAAGAGAAAAAAUCAAAAAUUCACAAUUUUCUAUUGCCGUAUUGCAUAGUUUACACGUUAUAAUAAUGACAAACCGUCUACCAUUCACGAAGCUUGUGCAUAGUCCCUCAAAAUCAGAAUUAGCCAUUGCUAAUGGACAUCACUUUCUGGUUGUCAACUCAGUUACAGGUGACAUAUUGAAGUCAUACCCUAAAGAAGCUAUCCAAAUCGAUAAUGUGAGUGACUAUUACCGUAGUAUGGUAUUCAAUAAUAACGGUAGUAUGCUUGCUACCUCUGGCGAAAAUAAAGAAAUCUGCGUUUGGGAUACGACUGACUGGUCUUUGAAGCUAAAGAGACCGGCAUAUAAGCGUAUCAAUGCCCUUGAUUUCGAUAAAAAUUCAACAAAAAUCAUGGCCGCUGAUAAAUUUGGAGAUGUCUAUUGCCACCCUAUGAAAGACCAUGUAGAUGGAGAAGAGAAGUUAAACCCUAUCGUUGGACACGUUUCUAUGGUCACUGAUAUGCUGCUAACUCCGGACGAGAAAUAUGUUAUUACUUCUGAUCGUGAUGAGCAUAUCCGUGUUAGUCGGUAUCCCAAUGGUUACAACAUUGAAUCAUUCUGUUUGGGACAUACAGAUGUUGUUACUCGUAUCGAAAUCUUACCUUGGAAUGAAAAUAUCCUAGUCUCCUCAGGCGGUGAUUGCACAGUUCGUAUAUGGGAUUAUUUGAAAGGAACUGAGAUCAGCAGCAUUGAUUUGAAGCAGCACAUUUUAGCAUAUAAGCCCCCAACUACUGACGCCAAUUCAGAAGAUGCUAUUGUGAAUAAUAUUGUAUUUGACAGCAAAAGUAAAAUGUGUGCUGUUGUCUUUGCGAAAUCGCCUGCUGUUAUUAUUCUCCAAUGGAACGAUCACAAUCAGCAGUUCUUAUUCAAACAAACUGUAGUUCUUUCUUCCCCUAUUUUGGAUAUUGCUUUUGAUUUAGAAGGAAAACUGUGGGCCGCUUUGGAUGGGGAUUUACUUAUGACAGUUAUCAUUUCCGAAGAUGGUAAAUUCGUGGAAAAGAACGAUGCGGAAGUCCUUAAGCAAAUCAACGAGACCGAAACAUGUAAGACAGAUAAACUCCCUGAUCUUUACACCAUCUUCGGUUUACGAAAAUUCCUAGAUCUUCCCGAGAACAUUGCAGAAGAGCAUAAGAGCAAGAAAAAGAGAACUGAAUAAAGUAGAUAUACGAGCUAGACUGCUUAUCGAGGAGGAACAUGGUCGAAGAUUUACUACCAUUAAACAACUUUUGUACUAAUAAAUUUAAUAUAUUUUUGAAGUUUUCGCCACGA